AAGUGCAAGCAUCCGCCUCUUCCACUGACUGAUCAACUUCAAAAACAGCCUUUUCUAAGCGUGACUCCCUCUUAGAGAGUGAGGUGGUUAGAUUGAACGUUGUUGGCCUUUUGAACUCGUACAAAUAUGCUGUCGUUGACGUUGAGGCAAAUCGCACGGCCAUUGUGCCUGCGUUCCCCGGUGGCCCUGAGCAGCAUUGGGGCGAGGAGGAGCCAGCAUGCGGCUACCCGUAGUGUGGAACAGGAGGCCCCGUGGACUGGGCAGGACAGUCUGGCCCAGGACGACCCGGAGAUGUGGAACUUGCUGCGGAAAGAGAAGGACAGGCAGUGUCGGGGACUGGAGCUCAUUGCCUCUGAGAACUUCUGCAGUCGGGCUGCGCUGGAGGCCCAAGGAUCCUGCCUCAAUAACAAGUACUCAGAGGGCUACCCAGGCAGGAGGUACUACGGUGGAGCUGAGGUGGUAGACCAGAUAGAGUUGUUGUGCCAGAAGAGAGCCCUGGAGGCUUUUGACCUGGACCCUGCCCUGUGGGGGGUGAACGUCCAGCCCUACUCUGGCUCUCCCGCCAACUUCGCUGCCUACACCGCCGUCCUCAACCCUCAUGACCGCAUCAUGGGCCUGGACCUGCCUGACGGUGGACAUCUGACCCAUGGUUACAUGUCUGACACCAAGAGGAUAUCUGCUACCUCCAUCUAUUUUGAGUCCAUGCCCUACAAGCUCAAUCCUGCCACAGGGCUCAUUGACUAUGACCAGCUGGAGAUGACUGCCCGUCUCUUCCGGCCCAAGUUGAUCAUUGCAGGCACCAGCGCCUACGCUCGCCUCAUUGACUACGCUCGCAUCAAGAAGUUGUGUACGGAGGUGAAAGCCUACCUGCUGGCUGACAUGGCCCACAUCAGUGGUCUGGUGGCUGCGAAGGCUGUCCCCUCGCCAUUCAAGUAUGCUGACAUGGUCACCUCCACAACACACAAGUCCCUCCGGGGAGCCAGGGCUGGUCUGAUCUUCUACCGUAAGGGUGUGCGUUCUGUGGACAAGAAGGGGAAGGAGAUCCAAUAUGACCUGGAGGACCGGGUCAACUUCGCUGUGUUCCCCUCUCUUCAGGGGGGACCCCACAACCACGCCAUCGCCGGGGUGGCUGUCGCUCUCAAACAGGCCCAGACGCCGAUGUUCAGAGAGUACAUUGGCCAGGUGAUGCGUAACUCCAAGGCCAUGGCUGAGGCCCUACUGAGCAAAGGAUACACGCUGGUGUCAGGGGGGACGGAGAACCAUCUGGUGCUGGUGGACCUGAGGCCUAAGGGCAUUGAUGGAGCCAGAGCAGAGAGAGUUCUGGAGCUGGUGUCCAUCACAGCCAACAAGAACACCUGUCCCGGGGACAAGAGUGCCCUGGCGCCUGGGGGCCUCCGGCUAGGUGCCCCGGCGCUGACCUCCAGACAGUUCAAGGAGGCGGACUUUGUCCAGGUGGUGGAGUUCAUGGAUGAAGGCUUUAAGAUCGCCCUGGACGUCAAGAAGAAGACUGGGAAACUUGCAGACUUUAAGAACUUCUUGUUGGAGGAUCCAGAGACGGUCUCUCGCAUGGCAGAGUUGAAGAAACGAGUGGAGGCCUUCGCACGUCCCUUCCCUAUGCCCGGCUUCGAGGAUCACUAGGCCCUCGGCUUCGAGGAUCACUAGGCCCUCCACA